GUUUUCCAAAACCUCUCUCUCACCACAACAAAGACAUUUUGCUUUUUUGCAACCUUUUUUUAACUCCAAAAUCAUUCUCUUGUAACUUCUCUUCAAACCUAAAAAACGUUCUUCCCUAAAGCAAAAACACACAUACACACACAUGGAUUCUCAGGACCACAACAAUGCACAACACUCACCAGGAGGAGGUAAGAGCCACGUCUGCAGUAAAUGUGGUUGGAAUUACCCAAAUCCACAUCCUAGUGCUAAAAACAGGCGUGCUCACAAGAAAAUAUGUGGAACCAUCAAAGGAUUCGAGAUCCUUGGUUCGGAUCAGAAUCUUGAUUUGCAUAAAGAAGAUUGUUUGGAUGAUGAACAAAAAACCCCAAGUCCAAGAGUUGUGGAUGAGAGAAUUGGGGAUGUAAGUGAAGAAGAUGUGUUUGCAGAUGCUGUUUGUGAAUUUUCUAGCAGCCUUGUGUCUGAUUCUAUCAAGGGAAAGGAGGAGACAGAAGCAAACGGUAUGGCAAAGAAUGCUACGGAUCUUGGUGAAACUCAGCAUUGCAACAAAAGCCCUGAAGUGGUUCAAGAGAGUUUGGAUGUUCUUCUACCUGUCCAAGUCCUUGAGAAUUUCCCAAGUCCAGUUGAAGCAGCAGCUACAUGUGGAGAAAGCUCAUCCGACUCCCUGAUUGAGCAAUCACGUGAAGCUCAGGCCAUUCAUGACGGUCGUAGUACCAUAUCAAAUGUUGGACUGGAGACAGAACGCAAAGGAAAUGCAGCGGAUGAAUCUGAAUCUAUGUUGGCAUCUGGAAUAGGAAAGAGAGUGGAUACUUCAUCAUGGAACGAUGAGUGA